AUGUAUCUGGAGAGCUUGUUCCCUGGAUGUAAACUUGCUGAACAGCGAAACACUAUCUAUUUUCACAAAAUGGCUGCGAUUCCCCCGGGCGGUACUUGGUUCGACACCCUAAAGACGUCGUUUGCAGAUGUACCUAUUGAUACCGCCAACGAUAACGGGAUUGCUACUACAGAGUUCCUCGAAGCUGCCGAGGCCCUCACGUCUCUCUUCGAUAUCCUUGGCUCCGCAGCAUUUUCCCCUGUCAAGAGCGACUUGAAUGGCAACAUCAAGAAAGUCAGGGACAGGCAGCUGGCUGCCCCUGGUGAGUCGGAGACUCUUCAAGCUCUUGUCCUCAAUGAAUUGAAGACAAAGAAGCAUGUCGCGACAGAAGGCUUGGUGUGGCUGGUUAGGGGUCUCGACUUUACCGCUCAAGCCCUCCGUCACAACAUCGACAAGCCGAACAGCGAGCUUUCUGACUCCUUCCGUGACGCCUACGGCAAGACCCUCAAAGCCCACCAUUCAUUCAUCAUCAAGCCCAUCUUCUCGGCAGCCAUGUCCGCGACUCCCUACAGAACUAACUUCUACGCUAAGCUGGGCAGCGAUUCUGAGAAAGUCCAAGCUGCACUCAAGCGUGAGGUUAAGGCUUUGGAGGAGAGGGUGGCUAUAUUGAAGUCCUUCCAGGACCGCAAGGAAGCGAAGUGGUGA